UCAGCAGAUGCCGAGGGAGUAACGCUUCAGAUGCAUAUCUUUGUAAUGUGGGAGGAAACCAGACCAUCUGGGGGAAACCUACACGAAGGCAGGGAGGACAUGCAGACUGCGUACAGAAGACCCUAGCAGAGAAUCGAACCGGAGAACCUCUUGCGGUGGGGCGACAAUGCUUAACCGCUGCACACAUAACUUUUAACCUGCAGUCUCCAGAGUCCAGACUGAGGAGCAACAACUCUCAUAAUGUGGAGCUAUUAGUAACAGAUCCACUUACAGUUUGUUUCGGACAUUUCUUUGAAAAGAAGUUCAUGCUAAUGGCUGGGAAAACCUUCUAUUCCUGUGCGUGUUUUGUUACGGAUAAUAUUUUUUUGGAAGAUUAUAAAGCGCACGUCAGAUACCAGAAUGAGCAGCAGUUCAAAAGGGACUAUGAAGUGUUUUUGGGAGACAAAGGAUGCACUACAGAACAACAAUUCAGUUCUCUGUUAGCAAAGAUUCAAAAGGAAGUUGAGCGAAGGAGGUUGCUAAAUCAGCAGUCCAUUGAUAGGAAGAAGACUAUUUUAAAGUCGUACAAACCUCUGCAUCGCGACGUGUAUGUGCUGCAGCCAUCUUUUUUGACACAAGAAUUCUUACAAAUUGUCACUUACUGCAAAUCUCAUAAUGCUACUGUUAGUGGCCUGCUGGAACGGAUUCAGUCAUUAAGAGGCCCACGAUUAUAUCGCAUUCCUGUAUUCACGACAAGCUUCUGUGAAGAUUUAGUUGAAGAGCUGGAGAACUUUGAGCAAUCUGAGAUGCCAAAAGGCAGGCCCAACACUAUGAACAACUAUGGGAUCCUAUUGAAUGAGCUUGGAUUUGAUGAAGCAUUCAUUACACCACUUCGGGAGUGCUACCUUCAACCAAUUACUGCACUGCUGUACCCAGACCAUGGGGGAGGCCAACUAGAUAGCCACAAGGCUUUUGUGGUCAAGUAUUCAGUGGAUGAAGACCUGGAUUUAAGCACUCAUUAUGAUAAUGCAGAAGUAACUCUAAAUGUAUCACUUGGGAAAACAUUUACAGAAGGAAACCUGUAUUUUGGUGAUAUGAAAGAGAUUCCACUGUUGUCGUCUGGGUGUGUACAAGUCACACAUACUGUCACCCACGGGGUGUUACAUCGAGGAGGACAACUCCAUGGUGCAUUUCCCAUUGAGUCAGGCGAAAGAUGGAAUCUUAUUGUGUGGAUGAGGUCAUCAUCUGUCCGUAACCAUCUGUGUCCCAUGUGCAACAAGAAACCUAACUUAGUGGAGGCAUUAGGAUUUGGAGAUGGCUUUACUAAAGACAAUGAAGAAAACAACUUUGAGACACUAGAUGUUUGUACUUUAAUCUGAGCUAGUUGAACAUGGGGUCAAACCUCAAGUUUGGUUAUAGAAUGUAAUGUUUGUCAAGUGCACAAACGCAUUUUUAAUCUGAGGUUAUUCAGAUUAUUACAUGUCAUUCACAUGUAAUUAUCAUUACUGAUAAGGAAACAUCAUGAAAAUGCUAAAAAAUUGUGUAGGUAUUAAGAUUCUUUUUGGAAUCAUUUGCACAGUUCUGGAGACUACUUUUGUAUGAAGACUGAAGAUGUUAGCUUCUCUGCAACCAUGCUAUUUGUCACAGGACCUAGGGUUUGCUGAUGUCCAUUGUCAGAGAGCCGAGGUUUUGCUAAUGUCCUCUGUGGCUAGCCUGGAAUAAAAAUAGCAUUUUGGACAUA